AUGCUUGACGUGGCUUCCACUAUAGCACAAGCGCUGGGGUUCCUGAAGUCUCGUCGCUGGGAGUUGGUUGACUCUUGGGACGAUACAUUGACUCUGGCUUUGGAGAAUGAGCUGGUGAAGGAUAGUACUGAUCAAGUUAUAGAGGUUUUUAGGAGUUCCAGUUCUUUUGAGCUAGUUAGGCUUCUUUUGGGUAUUCUGGUUGGUUCUUCGUGGAUUGCGUUUUGCUUGAUGUUCUGGACAACCAAAGAGUAUGGGAAGUUUAUGAAAACGUCGGUUUUUUGUUUGGUUUGUUUGUGGUUGGGCUAUGGCGUUCCCCAGGGAUGUGAGUUGGGCGUUGUGAAGAGAAGUGAUGUUUCUGGAGACUUUGGCGGUGUUUGUCUUUUGCUUUUGGCAGUGGAGGUGGUAGUGUUUGGUGUUCUGAAGUUGAUGGAAGGGGGAGAGGAAAGGGGAGAGGACGAGGAGGGAGAGGAGGAAACAGAAAACCAAGAAGAAAGAGUACCAAAAGUGACUGAAGUGACUGAAGAACCAAAGGAAGCGGAAGUGCCAGAGGAAGCAGAAUUACAAGAAGUAAAGAAAGUACUGGUUUCAAUUCCAGUGGAGAGUUCUUGGGAAAAUGACAGUAGGGCUUGUAUGAAAGCGAAGGUGAUUGAAGAGAUGGUGGAGAAGGCGAACAGGAGAGGUAGAGGGAAGUAA